UCACGUGACCGCUUUCAAUUUGACAAAUAUAAUCGGCUAGCCAACGAAAAAGCCCGUGUACAUUUUUUCGUUGUUUCCUGAAAUUGUUGCGUGAUUCUAAUAUUCUUACUCGACGACGAACACAGCCUUCCUCAGGAGGAUAACAGAGAUGGAGACGAAGAAGCUGAUCGAGUUGCUGCGAGCCACCAUCGACCCCGGCCAGCGGCAACAGGCGGAGGAGCAACUGACUCAGAUACAUAAAAUUAUUGGAUUUGCACCAGCACUCUUGCAAGUUGUGAUGGCAAACGAAUGCGAGAUGCCCGUGCGACAGGCCGGCGCAAUCUACCUAAAAAAUCUUAUAUCACAAAGUUGGGCUGAGAGGGAAGCUGAGAUACCUAUGCCAUUGCCAUUUGCUGUACAUGAACAGGACAGAGCACUCAUUAGGGAUUCUAUUGUGGAUGCUGUGGUGCACGCUCCGGACCUCAUUCGACUACAGUUAUGUACGUGUGUGAACAACAUGAUCAAACAUGAUUUUCCCGGACGGUGGACUCAAAUUGUUGACAAAAUUAGUAUAUAUUUAUCAAGUCCAGAUGCCUCUGGUUGGCAUGGUGCCAUUUUGUGUCUUUACCAGUUGGUGAAAAACUACGAAUAUAAAAAGUCUGACGAUCGGGGGCCACUGCACGAGGCGAUGAACUUAUUAUUGCCACUGUUGUAUCAACUCAUCGUUAGACUUAUGCCGGAUUCAUCUGAUCUUGCAGUUCUGCUGCAGAAAGAAGGAUUGAAGGUGUAUUUUGCUCUCACACAGUACACACUACCACUGGAUUUGAUUAACAAAGAUAUGUUUACACAAUGGAUGGAAAUUUGCCGGCAAGUAGCAGAACGACCAGUGCCACCACAAGCUCUCCAGCCGGAUGAAGAUGAAAGACCUGACCUGCCUUGGUGGAAAGCUAAAAAGUGGGCGCUACACAUUCUGUAUCGAAUGUUCGAGCGCUACGGAUCGCCCGGUAAUGUAACCAAAGAAUACAACGAGUUCGCCGAAUGGUACUUGCAAACAUUCUCUUCUGGUGUAUUGGAAGUCCUCUUACGCCUGUUGGACGCCUAUCGCGCUGGUAACUGGCAACCACCACGUGUUCUCCAACAAACCCUCAACUAUGUCAAUCAAGCUGUAUCGCACGGUCACACGUGGAAACUCCUCAAGCCUCAUAUGGGUGCCAUAAUACAAGACAUCCUGUACCCACUGAUGUCAUAUAGCGCCGAAGAUGAAGAACUUUGGUCUGUCGACCCACAUGAAUACAUCAGAGUGAAGUUCGACGUAUUCGAAGAUUUUAUUUCGCCUGUUACCGCUGCGCAAUCCCUUUUGCAUGCUUCAUGUAAAAAACGCAAAGACAUGCUGCAGAAAACAAUGGCGUUCUUAACCACAGUGUUGAACGAUCCAAAUACUGAACCGCAGCGUAAAGAUGGUGCUCUGCACAUGGUGGGAUCAUUAGCUGAUGUACUAUUAAAGAAGAAGAUUUACAAAGAACAAUUAGACCAACUGUUUUUGAAGUAUGUCUUCCCAGAGUUUGGUAGUGCGAGAGGGCAUAUGCGAGCGCGCGCUUGUUGGGUGCUGCAUUAUUUCGCGGAAGCACCGUACAAACAGGAACCAGUUCUUGCCGAGGCAGUGCGUUUGACUGUCAAUGCAUUGUUGCAAGAUAAAGAACUCCCAGUGAAAGUAGAGGCUGCGAUUGCCCUGCAGAGUUUAUUGAAUUAUCAAGAUGGUGCGAAUAAAUACAUCGAGACACAGGUGAAACAAAUUGCCUUGGAAUUGCUGACGAUUAUCCGCGAGACUGAGAAUGAAGAUGUCACCGGCGUGAUGCAGAAGUUGGUGUGUGAAUUCACGCAACAGCUUACACCGAUUGCGGUUGAGAUUUGCCAACAUUUAGCAGCGACGUUUAGUCAAGUGUUAGACACUGAUGAGGGGUCCGAUGAGAAAGCCAUCACUGCCAUGGGCAUUCUCAAUACCAUCGAGACACUGCUAACUGUGAUGGAGGAACAACCAGAAGUUAUGAAACAGUUAGAACCAACUGUGCUGCAAGUGGUCGCACAUGUACUACAGAACGAGGUGCAGGAGUUUUAUGAGGAAGUGUUAUCGCUUAUUUUUGAUUGCACUGGCAAGCAUAUUUCUGAGGAGAUGUGGAAAGUCUUUGAGUUACUUUACCAGGUAUUUAUGAAAAAUGGUUUGGAGCAUUUCACUGACAUGAUGCCAGCGCUGCACAAUUACAUCACAGUAGACACGGAUGGCUUUUUGGCCAACGAGCAGCGACUGUUGGCUAUUUACAACAUGUGCAAGGAAAUUUUGAGUAAAGACAUGGGCGAAGACCAAUGUCACGCAGCCAAACUUCUAGAAGUUUUAUUGCUGCAGUACAAAAACCGCAUUGAUGCCGCAGCGCCAUUAUUGGUUGAAUUGGCGGCGUCAAGGUUACUGAGAGAAGUGCGCACGAGUGAACUUAGAAUAAUGUGUUUACAGGUUCUUAUAGCAGCUUUAUAUUAUAGUCCGGAAUUGUUAUUCACUGUAUUAGAAAAACUUCCGAACUUUACGUCGCAGUUUCUCACGCAGUGGUUACACGACGUUGAUUGUUUCCUAGGCGUUCACGAUAGGAAACUCUGUGUGAUUGGUAUGUGCACACUGAUUAGCUUACCGCAACGACCUGCGAUUCUUCACGAAUUGGCACCGAAAGUAAUGCCGGCUUUAGUUCUGCUCUUCGACGGUUUGAAACGCGCCUACGCGGCGAGAGCACAAGAAAUGUUUGAAGAGGAAGACUCAGAUUCAGAAGGCGGUGAGAUUGAGGACUCGCUUAGUUCCGAUGAGGACGAUAUCGAAGAUAAGGAAUAUCUUGAUACACUCUCGAGGAAAACUACGAACGCCUUAACGAAUGCCGGUUUUCAAGUAAACGCAACAAUACAAGACGCUGUUGACGACUCCAACGACGACGACGAUUCGGAUUUCGACCUAAACGAGGAAAUGGUCCUUGAGGCAUACACGACGCCCCUGGACGAGGAAGACUGCGAAGUGGAUGAGUACAUUGUAUUUAAGGAAGUCAUGACACAACUCGAGGCGAAUCAGACUGAAUGGUAUCACGUGCUGAUGAUGGGACUCACGGAAGCGCAGAAUGGUUCGUUGAUGGAGAUUUGCGUGCUUGCCGACCAGCGGCGCGCUGCCAAGGAGAGCAAGAAGAUUGAGCAACAAGGAGGAUAUUCAUUUACGCAACAAGCCGUACCGACUUCGUUCCACUUUGGCAACACCUCGCUGGGUUCGUGAACUGAAGCGUCGAUUACACACGUGAUAAUUAAACAUUUAGUAUAUCACACUUCAAAAAUAAUCAGCAACCAGCCCACCCACACAACACGACACAUGAUAUUAGACAACCCCGAGCAGCAGCAGAAUCAUAGAUCAUAUUUUUACAUAUUACGUAUUGAAAUAAUUGAUUGGAAUUUAUUGUUUACAUAUGAAGUUUUAUUGUGCAUUCGUGUAUUUCUAUGCCGAAUGUCCAGCGCGGACGUCGUGGGCAUAUAAUUAAUAUAUUGAUUGUAUCACCGUCGUCACAAUUUUGCAGUAAAUGUUAUUCUACAUUCUGGAAUGAAUCCUAUUGCUAUCUCUUGUAUGUAUAUCGAUUUUGUUAUUUACGUGUUACUUACGUUGUUCUUUUAUGUAUGUGGUAAGUGCCUUUUUUAAAUUCGCGGCGAUGAGAGGGAGAUUAAUUUGUAUAAAUAUGUUCGAUGCAGCACCGUUAAAUUGAAACAUUUUUGUUAAAACAGGAAGCGAACGCAACAAGCAUAUGUUGUAAAGUGUUUUUAGUGAUGGCGACCAUCACGUAUCUUGUAAAUUGAAUAAAAACAUCAAUAUUAA